CAGGUCUCAGGGCCCUCUAGGCGGAGCGGCGGGUGCCGGACCCCCAGCGGAGCGACAGGUCUCGGGCCCCCCAGGCGGGAGAGCGGCGGGGCGCCGGACCCCCAGGCGGGGCGGAGAGCGACAGGUCCCUCGGGCCCUUAGGCGGGAACCCCCCAAGCGGCGGGCGCCUUAGGCGGAGCGGCCCCAGGCAGGCAGGAGCGACAGGUCUCGGGCCCUCAGGCGAUGCAGCGGCGGCUGGGGCGCCGGACCCCAGGCGAAGCGGGGUGGCGGGCACCGAGUCGAGUCCCAGGCACGACAGUGGGCUCCGUCCGUCAACUGGCAUGGACAGCGGGCACUGGGUCACCAGGGAAUCAGGUCAUUUGGCUUGCCAGCGGGCACCACGUCAUUUUGGCAAGGCAGUAGGCACCGGGUCACCAGGCAUUGGAUCGUCUGGCUCGACAGCGGGCAUCGGGUUACCAGGCAUCAGGUCAUUUGGCUCGACAGCGGGCACAGCGUCAUCUGGCAAGGCAGUGGGCUCCGAGUCAACUGGUAUGGUUGACUGUGGGCACUGGGUCAGACAUUGGAUCGUCUGGCUGGACAGCGGGCAUUGGGUCACCAGGCAUCAGUGUCAUUUGGCUCAACAGCGGGCACCGUGUCAUCUGGCAAGGCAGUGGGCUCCGAGUCAACAGGCA